AUGGGAAAGUCAUCCCACGCCAUCCUCCUCACUCUCCUCCUGCACCAAGUCUCUGCGUUCGGGAUCAACUGCCAAGGUACUUUCAACGGCAAAGGGCACGACAUUGACGAUUACCUGAAGCUCGUUUCGCAGCUCGAGGACAACGGCCUUUGGGGACCCGGAGAACAGAUCAUGUGCAACGCGGCCCAGACUGGAUGCCUGUUCACGCAAAAGACGAACGCGCUCGUGACGGGAUACGACGUCAAGAUUCUGCUGCCGCAGCUGCGCGACCACGGCUGCAACAACCAUGGGAGCAUCCCGCUGGGAUACCCGGCCGUCAACGACGUCAACCAGGGGGAGCUCACGUCCAACGCCGUUGACCCAGGGAACGCCAAGUGCGUAUAUGGAAUCUGCCCCCCGAAGAAGCACCUGGAUCCUCCUUCCCAAGACCCGCCGGCGCCGCCUCCUAGCCCUACACCGGAGACUCUUGAGACGGGUCCGAGGCCGGCAGACCCGGUGUGCGCGUGGGCAGGCCACUGUGUUGGCGCCCCGUGCAAGGACUACAACGAUUGCUCCGACUCGCUGGUGUGCCGCGCUGGAGUCUGUGCCACCGCAUAA